AGGGACCAGCACGAGCUAGCCUCCCUCACACAGCACUGCAAGCUAUACUGACGCAGACUCUCCUGAAGCCCCUCACCAUGUCUCAGACUGCCAAGUCCGCCUCCAGCCAGGGCACCGAUGCCAAGGACAAGGGAGCCCCAGCUCCAGCUGCCACCAGCAAGGCCACCAAGACCGGAGAGCCUGGCAUGGGAUCCUUCAGAAUCAUGCUGUUCGACCAGGAGAACUUCCAGGGCAGGAUGAUCGAGGUCCAGAAUGAGUGUAUGAACGUGUGUGACCGUGGCAUGGAUAGAGUGCGUAGUAUCAUUGUGGAGUGCGGCCCCUUUGUUGCCUUCGAGCAGACUAACUUCCGUGGGGAGAUGUUCAUCCUGGAGAAGGGAGAGUAUCCUCGCUGGGAUACCUGGAGCAACUCCUACCGCAGCGACUGCCUCAUGUCCCUCAGGCCCAUCCGAAUGGACAGCAUGGAGCACAAGAUCUGCCUGUAUGAGCUCUCUGACUUCAAGGGCAACAAGAUGGAGAUCCAGGAGGAUGAUGUGCCCACCCUCUGGGCGCAUGGCUUCUGCGACAGAGUGGGCAGCGUGAGGGUGCCAGGAGGAGCGUGGGUGGGUUACCAGUACCCUGGAUACAGAGGCUACCAGUACCUGUUUGAGUGCGGUGACUACAGACACUACAAUGACUUCUGCGCCUUCCAGCCCCAGAUCCAGUCCAUGCGCCGUAUCAGGGACAUGCAGUUCCACCAGAGAGGAUGCUUCACCUUCACCUCCGCCAGCAAGUGAAUGACACCUGCUGGCUGCCCGGUGCUGUUGCAGCCACGCAGCCCGCUCAGCUUUUUAUCUCUCCAAACAAGCCCUUUCUCCAGUCUCCAGUGCUUUCCUUAAUCCCCACAUCAUCGCUCCAUCCCAGAGGAAAGACAGAAUGAGAGCACAUACACUGGACAACAUUAAGUGACUUUUUAUGGUGCUAAAAAUAAACAUGUUGUGAAAACCUGAA